GCAGUCUGAAAGGUCGGACAAGAAGAGCUCCCCAAGCUGCUCGGGAUAGCUCUGGUGAUACGAUCGAGGGGCCCAGAACCACGAGAAAGCAAGGAAUGGGGUGCGGACACCGGUUGCCGCAACAAUGCCAGCUUCAUGGAAUUGUGGGAAGAAGAGAAAUGAUCCAAGACGACGGAAGCAGGCGGUAUGACAACAAACCCCUCCUCCCUGAUUGCCGCCAAAAUUCCCCUCCACCCCACCUUGUUGCUUCCCAGGACAGCUAAGCAAGUGAACCUUGUCCGAAUCUACCCCUCCUCCGAUUCUGCAGACUCUUUAUUAUUCUCCUCCUGUCCCGAUUCUCUUCUUCCUCUUCUCAAUUCCUCCAUUUCCCCUCACCUUUCCCCUCCCUAUACCAAUCAACAACCAUCCACCAUGUCGAACGGAGUCACUUUCGAGCUGAGCAACGGCGUCAAGAUCCCCGGCGUCGGGUUCGGCACCUUCGCCAGCGAGGGUGCUGAGGGCGAGACCUACCGUGCCGUCAUGACCGCUCUGCGCACCGGCUACCGUCACCUGGACUGCGCCUGGUUCUACCUGAACGAGGGCGAGGUCGGUGAUGCUCUCAAGGAUUUCCUGAAGGAGAACCCCUCCGUCAAGCGUGAGGACAUCUUCAUCUGCACCAAGGUCUGGAACCACCUCCACCGCUACGAGGACGUGAUCUGGUCCGUCGAGAACUCCCUCCAGAAGCUCAAGGUCGACUACAUCGACCUGUUCCUGGUCCACUGGCCCAUUGCCGCCGAGAAGGAGACCCAGGAGAAGCCCAAGAUUGGCGCUGAUGGCAAGUACGUCAUCCUCAAGGAUCUCACCGAGAACCCCGAGCCCACGUGGCGCGCCAUGGAGAAGAUCUACGAGGACAAGAAGGCCCGCGCCAUCGGUGUCUCCAACUGGACCAUCGAGGGUCUGGAGAAGCUGCUCAAGUUCGCCAAGGUCAAGCCUCACCUCAACCAGAUCGAGAUCCACCCCUUCCUGCCCAACGAGGAGCUGGUGCAGUACUGCUUCAAGAACGGCAUCAUGCCCGAGGCCUACUCUCCCCUGGGCUCUCAGAACCAGGUGCCCACCACCGGCGAGCGGGUCAGCGAGAACAAGACCCUGAACGACAUCGCCAACAAGGGCGGCAACAGCCUGGCCCAGGUCCUCAUCGCCUGGGGUCUGCGUCGCGGCUACGUCGUGCUGCCCAAGAGCUCCAACCCCGCUCGUAUCGAGUCCAACUUCAAGAGCAUCGACCUGUCGGACGCCGACUUCGAGGCUGUCAACAAGGUGGCCGAGGGCCGCCACUUCCGCUUCGUCAACAUGAAGGACACCUUUGGAUACGACGUGUGGCCCGAGGAGACCGCCAAGCAGCUGUCUGCUUAAAAAAGAACGAUUGGACAAUGAUUUUACGGGUUAUCGAAUCUCUUUUCUUUUUUUGAAAAAAAAUUUAUGCGGGUCAUAAUAAAGGACGGGGAAGAUAUUUGGAUACCAUGAUAUAAGAGAUACACAAAAUAGUAGAAGAAAGAAAGAG